AUGGCGGGAGAGCAAGAUAUUGAUCUUGAUGAGGAGUAUGGCGUUAGUGAUGAUAGUCAUGACGAUGUGGAAGAAACUCUUGAUGAUGUUGUUCUGUGGCAAGGACGCCAGAUUUCUGCGGUUCAGAGCGACAUAAAGGAGGUUAAGGAUUCCGUCAAUCUCAUUAAGGAUUUCUUGCUUCGCAUGGACCCUCAAGGAUUGAAUCGAUCUCAUGUCCGUGAUUACCAUUGGUAUGUCAAGCAUGCCAAGGAUUAUGGUAUCGUGGAAUGGAAAUCAUCACCGGAUGUUUGUGAUAGUCACGAGGUUGAUUCUUGGUUGGAAUUGUGGGAAAGUUGUUGGUCUCACAAUCCUUGUGAGGAUAAGGUGAAGAUAGAUUUCUUUGUGACAAAGCUUACGGGCCAUGCUUCUUCGUGGUGGAAGAAUUACAUCAAAGCUAAUCCGACGCCGACUUCUUGGACUGAUUUGACAAAAGUUUUCCGCGCUUCAUUUGUCAAGAAGUUUGAAGAGGUUGAUCUCGUGAAUCAGUUGUUAGAGAUCCGGCAGGGGACUUUGUCUUUGGAUGUGUAUGCCCGCAAGUUCCGUGAUCUUUGCCUUAGUCUCACGGGCACCUAUAAUGAGCUGCUAAAGGUGCAAUGUUUUAUCAAAGGAUUGAGCUCGGUGGAUGUGCAGCAGAAGGUCAAGAAGGAUUUUCCAGCAACAUUGACUGAUGCUAUCACUAAGGCUCAGAUCUUUUCGCCCGAACCGUCAGUCAACUCGGUCAACUCUGGUAAACGAGAUAGUCCACGGAGUAGUCAACGUGAUGACCAGCUUGCUAAUUCUUCAUAUUUGGGGAAGAAACGGUCGUUAUUCCGUUGUGGCUCGAAGCAUGAAGAUGGUAGUGAAGCUAAGAAACUUCGUUUGGACCAGCGAGAGAAAGACAAGGCGGAGGGCAAUUGUUUUCGUUGCCAUAGAGCUGGACAUCAAAGCAAGGAUUGUUCUGAAGGGGUCAAUGAAUGA